AAGUUGCAUCGUUACAUACUGUCCGAGGUGACUCUUGAGCGUACGUUCGUCGUGGAGAGCGAGCGCUACAUACUAGUACUACUAAUACCCCUUGACUUGAUCGUCGGGGGGCUCGCAACGUGAGCUUUGUUGCUGUUGGUUGUCACUGUACUUUCGAAUGCGGCGUACCGUGUACUAAGGUCAACGUUUGUCAUCCAGCUGCCACUGUCCACAUUGGCCAUUCUGCGAAAGGCGACUGGCGCUACGUACUUCACGUCGUACUAGUAGUCUGGUAAGCCAUGAACGGCACACGACGUAGACGGCACUCUGCCGUCACCCGCGGCGUCGACGCGCCUCGCCCGCAGACGUGUCAGUCCCAGCGCAUCGUCGUGUGUGGUGGCGGCAUCGUCGGCCUCACCACGUGCUACUUCCUUGCCAAGCAAGGCCAUGAAGUCGUGUGCAUCGAGAAGGAGGCGCACGUCGGGGACGGCGGCAUGUUCCACGACCCGACGCUGUACAGCUCGUGGGCAGACCUGUCGCUGCUGUACCGAAAGCACAUGACGACAAGCAAAACCAAAAAGAACGCGAAACCGUUUGACGUGUCGGCGGCGGCAUGGCUUGAUCCAGCGUUCUGGGCAUGGGGACUCAAGUACAUGACGAGCGCGACGGCGCGCAAAGCCAAGGACAACGCGCGCAAGUGCCGCGACCUGUGCAACUACAGCGAGCGCAUGUUGGUCGAGGUCCUACGCAAGCAUCCCGAGCUCGAAGACCACAUGGACCGCGUCGCCACGGGGACGUUGGAGCUGUUUGCGACGGCGGCGGACAAGGACGACGCAUGGCAGGCCGACCGGAUCAAGCAAUGCGUCCACGAGUUCCAGUACCCGCUGCAUCCUGUGGACACCGCCGAAGCCGCCGCGAUCGACCCCGCGAUCCUUCCGACGGCCAUGGCGGGCGGCGCUCUCUUCUCGCCCCUCGGGACCAACGGCGACGUGAGCCGCACGUGCGACGCCAUGGUCCAUCUCUGCCGACAAGCCGGCGUAAUGUUCCGCCUCAACACCGAGAUCGACGACCUCCUGGUCGUGGACAACCGCAUCGUGGCCAUUCAGACCAAGUCGCACGAACUCAUCGAAGGCGACAGCUUCGUCUUGGCUCUCGGCAACGAUACCCCCAACUUGGCCACCCUCGUCGGUGUCAAGCUGUACAUGUAUCCUGUUAAGGGAUAUGUGCUCACCGUGGGCCGCCACGACCAGUUCCCACCUCUAAGGUGUAACGUGUACUCGUCGCAUCAUGGAGGCGCGGUGGUGUCUCCAUUGAUGGACGGCAGCAUUCGCAUCUGCGGCGGUGCCGAGUUUGCCGGCAAGUCGUCCAAGACCAAACCCAUGGACCCGAAGCGUGUGGCGGGACUGCUCCAUCAUGCCAAAGCCAUGUUUCCGACAGGGUACUUGGACGAGUCCAAGGUCGACACGCACGUGUGUCUGCGUCCCGUGAGUGCGGACGACGUGCCGAUGAUCGGCCAGACCACCGUCGACAACUUGUUUGUCAACUGUGGCCACGGAGCCAAGGGGUGGACGCAAGCAUUUGGCGCCGCCGCGCUCCUAGCCGACGACAUCAGCGGCAAGAUCCCAGCCAUCAACAUGGACCAGUACUCUCCGCACCGAUUCGGCAUCCUUCGUUGAUAGCAUGCUUGCUCUCCACACUUGCCAUUCACAUCAAGGCGCGAGUCCUACGUCAAACGCCCUAUAUCUAUGACGCUCGCUUCCAACAAGGGACGUUCCAAGGAAGGUUAUUGUGCUCCAAGCACCCCAACAGUCCACACAACUGUACUGUACAAGGAAAGGUCAGGGUACCAAAUAACGACUUGUAGCAGAUAAGUUAAGAGACCAUUCACGGGAAGUGAACGAUGUAUCUAAAACAACCCAAAGCGACACGGCGAGUACGUUUCAAUGUUGAGCUCGGGCGUGCGGCCGCUGAUUUGGUCGGCGAGGAUCGCCGCGGACCCAAACGAAAGGCUCCAUCCCUUGGACCCGUGGCCAGAAUUGACAAAUAAGUUGUCGACGGUGGUCUGGCCGAUCAACGGCACGUCGUCCGCACUCACGGGACGCAGACACACGUGCGUGUCGACCUUGGACUCGUCCAAGUACCCGUCCGGGAACACCGCCUUGGCCUGCUUCAGUAGCCACGCCACGCGCUUCGGGUCGCUCUUGUAGUUGAAGCCGGCAAAGUCGGCGCCGCCGCUGAUGCGGAUGCCGUUGUCGCGUAGGGGCGACACGAGGGCGUUGCCGCCAGCAUAAAUAUUGCACUUGAGGUGCGGAAACUCGGCGUGCCGCGGCACGGUCAGCACGUACCCCUGGAAAGCAUGAUACAGUUACAAAACAGUACAGUUACAGAAUGAUACAGUUACAGAAUGUUUGUACAGUUUCAGAA